UAAAUACACUUUAUACUUAUGUCCUCAUUAAAGAAUGUUCUCAAUUUCCAAGCUGGACUUGGAGCCCUGGUCAAUAUGUUUCUCCUUGUUUUCUACAUUUUCAUAAUCCUAUGUCACAGACCUAAGCCCACGGACAUGAUCUCCUGUCAAUUGGCCUUCAUUCACAUAGUGCUGGUCCUCGCUGGAGUGGAUAUUUGGCUUUGGGACAUAUUUGAGUCACUGGACAUUGAUAAUGACUUCAAAUGUAAGACAACCUUUUACAUACAUAGGGUGAUGAGAGGCCUCUCUGUCUGUGUCACCUGCCUCCUGAGUGUGUUCCAGGCUGUCACUAUCAGUCCCAGUACCUCUUUGUUGGCAAAAUUUAAAUAUAAACUAAAAAAAUACAUGAUUUGUGCUUUCUUAUUUAUUUGGUCUUUCAACUUAUCAUUCAGUAGCAGCCAGAUCUUCUAUGCUGGUGCUUUUACCAACGUUAGUGAGAACAACCAGAUGAAGGUUACUAAAUUCUGCUCACUCUUCCCUAUGAACUACAUCAUCAGGGUAAUGAUUUUAACAAUGGCAACCUCCAGAGAUGUAUUUCUUGUAGUAGUUAUGCUGACCACAAGUGCAUACAUGGUGAUUUUCUUGUUCAGACAUCAGAGACAAUGCAAGCAUCUUCACUGCCUCAGCCACCCAGGUUCAUCCCCUGAGAAAAAGGCCACCCAGACCAUCUUGCUGCUGGUGGUUUUCUUUGUGUUCAUGUAUUUGGUGGACUUCAUCAUCUCAUCUGCUGCAGUCCUGUUAUGGAUGUAUGACCCAGUCAACCUGAGCAUUCAGAAAUUUGUGAUGAAUGUCUAUCCCACAAUUACUCCUUUGGUACAAAUCAGUUCUGAUAGCAGAGUAAUUGAUAUACUGAAAAGUUUGUGGUCAAAGUGUCACAAGAGUUUUUUAAAAGGGUAA